CAAAAACAAAGGGAUAAUGGGGGUAGAUUAAAUAGAAAGGGAUGAGGGGAUUGAGAAAUGAGAGUAUAUUAAUGGUGAAGGGGAUGGGUGUCCAAGUAAUGAAAAUGGAUGUGUGCCCAGUUUUUCUGAAUAGGGUACAUACAGUGCCUUGCUGUCUAGCAUGUGAAGGGGCUUCCUCUCUUUCUUUUUUACUUACAUGCACCCACUAGAACCCGCCCAACUGGCACUUUUGAUUCAUUCACAUCAAUGGCUGAAUGGGGAGGAUGAAGACAAAACUAGUCUAGGAUUUGAGUCUGAUUCUCUUAAUUGCUCUUGUUUUUUCACUCCCCUUACCUUCUAUCCUACUUCAUCCAACACCCUUAUAUAGGGCACACAUAUAACCUCAGCAUCUCUGAGUUACACUUACCAUCCUUUUUAUAGUUUUUCUUCUUUCUUCUUUUUCUUCAUAGAAAGGACCCCAUUGAUUGAGGGGAAACAGCAUUGAGGGCCUUUGUUUUGAUUAGCACGAGAGAGAGAGAGAGAGAGAGAAAGAAAAUGAAUGUUUUGGCCUCUGAGUGUAGUAGUGGGUGUGAAUCUGGUUGGACUAGUUACUUAGAACAGUCUUUUCUUUCUGGUAAUAUUUCUCAUAAAUCAAGUGGUUUUUGUGAUGAACGUGGCAAGUAUAAAGGUAAAGAAGAGGUUGUUGAUGAAGAAGAAGACCUUUCCAUGGUUUCUGAUGCAUCUUCUGGGCCUCCACACUUGAAUGUAGAUAAUGGUUAUUUCAAUGAUGAUAAUCAUUAUCAAUAUACUUUACCUAAAGGUGCUACAUUGAAUAAAAAUGGUGGUACUAAAAGACAUAGGAAGAAAGAACAUCAAAGACAAAGGGAAGAUCAUCAAGAAUUGCCUUCUUUACUUGAUGAUACUGCCAGCUCUCCUCUCAUCAAGAACAAUUUUGCUCACACCAAUAAUCAUGCUUCAGUGGAGGAAAGUGUCCUCCAUUAUCCCCAGGGGUUCUCUGCAACACACUUUCAGGGAGGACCCGCAUUCCAACACCACUUUGGAUUUUUGCAGUCUUCUCCAACUGGAAACUACCUACAACAAGGUGGUUUUAAGGAAAUUAGAGAACGGAGUAGUGGAGAGAUGAGAUAAAGGUGAUUUAACUUUUUUAAGUUUCUGUAUAUCAGCCUGCUCUUGCUAGCUUCAACAAUGGAGUUUGUGGCCCUAAAAAGAAAUGGAAGAAGAGGUUGGCAAAGUAUAAAAAGAAUCAGUUCUCAAAGGGGAUGAUCAUUAGCUUGUUCCUUUCAUUUUUCUUUUCAUUUCUUGUCCAAAUGCAACGAUAAAGAGCAAAAAGAAAUGCAAAUAAACUUUCUUGUUUUUUUUUUCCUGUCAAGGAAGAACAAAA